CAAAACCCUCCUACAAUUGCGUUGCUUCCAUAAUUAUACUGUACAAUCAACACUUUUUAAUGUUUUGAGGUUGCACUUUUAGACUCAUAUAUAUAACUGAUAAAUUUGACAGUUCUCAAAAAGGCACCGAUCGUGUAGUCUCGUAAAUUCGACAUGGAUAACAUCGAAGUCUCCAAUCUGUCCUACACGUUUUCACCAGAAUUCCCGUUGAGCCUCGAUCAUGUAUCAUUAAAUCUUCCUCGAGGAUCCAGGACAUUACUUGUUGGUGCGAAUGGGGCCGGCAAAUCAACUUUAUUGCGUCUUUUAGCUGGAAAGUCUCUGGCAAAGGCCGGGAAGGUUUCAGUGUUUGGCAAUGAUCCUUUUCGAGAAUCCAAAAGUACCGUAGUAUAUCUUGGAACAGAAUGGGUCAAUAAUCCAGUCGUUCACCGAGACAUGAAUGUUGCCCGACUUAUUGCAUCUGUCGGUGGUGACUUAUUUCCUGAACGCCGCGAUAUGCUGAUAUCCAUCUUAGACGUUGAUCUUCGAUGGAGAAUGCAUGCAGUUUCCGACGGUGAACGACGUCGUGUUCAGCUUUGCAUGGGACUAUUAAGACCAUUUGAUGUCCUCUUGUUGGAUGAAGUUACUGUUGAUCUCGACGUACUUGCUCGCUCUGAUCUUUUAUCAUUUCUUUCUUCAGAAACUGAAUCCAGGAAUGCAACAAUUGUUUAUGCCACCCAUAUUUUUGAUGGUUUAGCCAAGUGGCCUACACAUUUGGUACACGUUUCUCAAGGAAAGAUCGUCAAUUCAGGUCCAGUAGCGAAGUUUCCUGAAAUACAGUCUGUGAGUAAUACAGGAAAUAGCUCGUUGUUAGAGACUUGUUUGGCCUGGAUAAAAGAGGAUAAAAGGAUCCGUGGAUCUCGUGAAGAUGAAAAGCGCAACACGUGGCAGGACGUACAAGAUACUUUCAAAACUGGCACAGAUGUUUUUACCGAUUAUUUCAAAAUCUCCCGUGCAAGAUGAAUUACGCUAUAAUCUUUCAACUUAUUCCAGUCUUAUUGUUAAGUAUCAGAGUGAUCUCUCAUAUGGAAUUCUUAUUUAACAAAUAUCAAAUGUAAAUCUUAAUCAGUACCAUAAGUUUCUAUAAAAUUA